AUGGCCCAAACUUCCCUGGUAUCGCGCCAGCUCUCUUGCGCCAACGUCGAUCAAGCUGGAGACGGAGUAGUAGCAUGUACCAAGAUCGGAUCAAAAACAUGCAACGGAUGUUUCUUGGUCCAGUACUGCAGCAAGGAUUGUCAAACCGUUCAUUGGAAGUAUCAUAAAAAAGACUGCAAAUCUCCACUCAUGAAAGAAUCCUGGAAACCGCAGUGGCGUGUUGAGAAUCGGCAACCGGCUUUUAUUCGCCAGGGCGGCGAUGCAAGUAACUCGUAUCAAAAACCGGUGACUAUGGUUGGAUUUGGAGAGAAGAAAUAUUUGUGGGGUAAUGUUCCUGCUAUUGAUAUGGUUCAAUAUUGCAACAAUGAGGGGGAACAGCUUCCAAAUGAGUUCAACCUUUUGUUUGCAGCAUCUGGAGACAUUAGGAAUUUUGUCAAAUCUGUCAAUGGACUUCCAGCCGCGUACCUGGGGAAAUGUGAGGUGGUAAUUAACGACAAGGAUUUGGAUGUUGUCGCCAGAAAUGCUAUAAUGCUUCUCACAGCUCUCGUAUUCGAUCCCGUCGAAGCAGCAGAUAUCAUGUUGCAUAUUUGGUACUCUGCAUUUAUACUCGAAUCCGCUUUACACAAGCUCCAGGAAAAGAUCCUUCCUCUUAUCGAAGAUAUCUGCAGAAAAAUACGAGGCCGCUCUGAAACAUUUUUACAGGCAAAAGAUUGGACAUUCGGCACAAGAACCUUGACUUUGAUCUUACCAAAAGCUUCAUGGGAUCUUCUUCCAUCGUUUCUCAAGGUUCCAGAUGGCUUGACAGCUAGCCAAGCACAGAAAGUUAUGGUGGAAACUACAUUGUCAUCCUCGAGAAGAGAUCAUGCCGAGCGAAUAUUGUGUACUCGACCACCUGCCUGGCGGGUCGGUGCAACCAAGUUCCGCACUAACGGAAUACUUCUACCAUUUGGACAGUCUCGCAAAGACUUCAAUACACCAAAUCCGUAA